CCGUUGUCGACAACCGAAUAGUAGAGAAGAAUAAUCGCUACACACUUUGAUAAGUCAAGAUGAAGUCAAAUACCGCCAGAAUUUUUACAGUUGUGGUGGGAAUGUGGCUGGUUUCAAAUAACCCAACGUACGCAGUAUCGGUCAACGAGACGGAAGGGAGUUUGGCGCCAAUUACUUACGGCCUGGCUAGACUGUCGUCACGCAACGUUGUAUCCAACCUUUAUUCAUAUCCGGCCGGAUGUUUGGUGACCUACCCGGAAGAAACGACGUUCACAUACCCGUCCUAUUGGACCACGGGUUGGAUUCGGUACGAGACCCCGACCACCGUCCACUUUGAGAAGGACGACAUCCGAGUCACGUUUUCCAUUGCGACGACCCUAUGCGUUGCCGAGGGGGAGGUGAAAGUCCCUGGGGGAAAAAUGAUGACUUUUCCGGCCAAGACGACCAUGACCUUUAGUGCAGACACGACGUUGAAAUAUCAAGGGUUGACCGGCCCCAUGGUGGUACGGCACGCGUGGAACGGAGCGGUUAAAGGGAAGGGUCAAGUGGAAUGGGUGGACGGAAUAUCGAUUACGGUUACCACCCCGGGUACCGGGGAAAAUAAGGGGUGCAUGGUGUAGGGUGACGCAACAAAAAUGGAGUCAUUGAAAUAAUUAAUAAAAUUAUAGUCUAUAUAUUGCAUAUCUGUAAUUUUAGAUGAAUCUUUCAAAUAUGAAUUUGCACUCUUAUAAAUUCUCCAAAAUCCAUUCAGUUUUCCAAUUAUUUCCAUUAAAUUGUCCAUCCAUCUUGCAUAAAGCUCCUUGUAUCGCUGCGUCUGCUUGCUCUCCUUUUCUCUACUCUGUGAUAUCACUUGUCUCUGUAAUGUCGGUAAAUUUGAUAAGUGAGACGCUACACUCUAAGAAACUGGGUGAUAGCCGUUAUCAUGUUCAUCACCAUAUGAUUCUACCGCUUGUGGUGAUAGGCAUCGUAACCUUUUUAGUUACAUAAUAUCAACACUAGGUGAUAGAUACAAUAAAAUUGGUAACAAGA